AUGACCACCACUACAAAGCUUACUGAUUCAGGGGGUGCAUUACUGGCCGAUCCAACCAAGUACAGGUCAAUUGUGGGGGCCUUGCAAUAUGUCACGUUGACCUGUCCAGAUGUCUCCUUUGCGGUGAAUCGCGCUUGCCAGUUUAUGCAAUCACCGACAGAGGAGCACUGCUGGGAGAAAUUCUCUUCUCUAAGUAAAGCUGAAGGGAGGAAAGAGAAGACUUUCUGUAGUUUUCUGGUGUGGGGAAUUUGGCUGGCAAGAAACGAAUUGGUCUUUAUAGGGAAGAGCCGGACACCUCUAGGGGUUAUACAAUAUGCGAGUAAAGCUUCCGAAGGCUUUAUCAAAGCUCAUCCAUGUCCAUCAUCAAGUACCUACCUGGUAGGUAAUAGGCUGGGCCAGAACCAGUGGUGUCCUCCUCCUGAUGGACAGAUCAAAUUAAAUUGUGAUGCAGCAUUAUCAGGGAAGAAGGAUAUGGCCGGGACCGGGCACAUUCUUAGGAACUCUAGAGGUCAUCCGAUUUCAGCAAUAUCUGAAUCAGUUAACUUCUUAGACAUCAUUAUUGGUGAGAUUCUGGCGAUUAGAAGUGGGGUUCUCCAAGCUAUAGAGGAGGGCAUGGAAAAGGUAGAGGCCUAUAGAUUCGCAGAAAUGAGAGCGAAUCUUCAAUUUCAGAAUCAUGUUGUUUCACUUAGCUCCUUGUUGCCAACCGAUGUUUGCUCUACUCCUGCCAAAGGUUCCGAAAUCUUAAGCAGGCUAUUGCAAGUAACUCACAAAUAUGGACCUUGCUCACUAUUGAAGGAAGGGAAAUCAAAAAUCCCAAGUAUUAGCCUGAUUCUCACCAACGACCAAACCCGAGUGAAGUCCAUCAAUUCCAAAUUCUCCAACCAACAGUCAUCGGUAGCAGAUUCUACAGUACAAAUUCCUGCCAACUCUGGCGAUUCUUAUGGGACUGGAAACUACGUUGUCAGGAUUGGAUUUGGAACACCUCAGCAACAUUUCACACUAGAAUUCGAUACAGGUAGCGAUCUUACUUGGAUCCAAUGCCUACCAUGCAACUCCAGCAAUUGUUAUUCACAACAAGAUCCCUACUUCAACUCUUCUGCUUCCUCCACCUAUUCCAACAUCUCAUGUGGCUCCACUGCAUGCUCGCAAUUGCAAUCAGCAGGCUAUGCACAGUCAUCUUGCACCACCAAUUGCCUCUACCAGGUCACAUAUGGCGAUGGAUCCUACUCUGAAGGGGACUUUGUAACUGAUACACUAACACUAUCUUCCUCUAAUUUCUUCUUAAAUUUCGAAUUCGGGUGUGGUCACAACAGCAUUGGCUUAUUUGGUACUACAGAUGGAUUACUAGGCCUCGGCCGCAAUCAGAUAUCUACAGUAUCACAAACUGCUUCAAAAUAUGGAAAGAAUUUCUCCUAUUGUCUUCCAUCUUCAAGCAGCUCUACUGGUUUUCUUGCAUUCGGUAGCCAAGUGGGUUCCUCAUCUUCUAAUGCUCAAUACACUUCAUUACUAACAAAUUCAAACCACCCCUCGUUCUAUUUCCUAAAUAUGACGGGUAUAAGUGUUGGAGGACAGAAGCUAUCAAUCGCAGCAUCAGUUUUUACAACUUCAGGAACCAUUAUAGAUUCUGGAACUGUCAUCACUCGUUUGGCACCAGCAGCCUAUUCAGCUCUUAGUUCGGCAUUUCGUCGAGCAAUGUUGAGGUAUCCCCUUGCGCCACCGUAUUCACUAUUGGACACAUGCUAUGAUUUGUCUAGAUACAGUACAGUAACAUUACCAAGCAUAGUGUUGCAUUUUGGUGGAGGUACUAACUUGAAUGUUGAUCAGUCUGGGAUUAUAAUUCAAGCAACCUCAACUCAAUAUUGCUUGGCUUUUGCUGGAAACAGCCUUCCUACCGAUUUGGGGAUACUUGGAAAUAUGCAACAGCACACAUAUGAGGUGGUUUAUAAUGUGGCAGGAGGAAAGCUGGGAUUUGGCACUGGUGCUUGUAGUUAAUAUGAACGAUACCUUUGUAAUAUAAAGAUAAUAUGGCCAGAAAUCAAGCGACUCAUAGAUUAGCAAUAGA